CCUUCCUUCAAACCUCUAUCUAUCUCCCUUGGAAACCAGAAGAGAGAGAGAAAGAGAGAGAGAGAGAGAGAGAGAGUAGAGAGAGAAACAAAGAUCACAAGAGAGUUUCUGUGGACUUUCUCUCUCAUUUUCUCCGGAAAAUUCGAAGAUCUUUUCGAGUCAUACAACCAUGGUAUUUUGGGUUUUCGGCUAUGGUUCACUGGUGUGGAACCCAGGAUUUGAAUACGAUGAGAAAGUGAUAGGCUUCAUCAAGGACUAUAGGCGUGUAUUUGAUCUUGCUUGCAUUGAUCACAGAGGUACACCUGAACACCCUGCACGAACUUGCACAUUGGAAUACGAAGAAGGAGCUGUAUGCUGGGGUGCUGCUUAUUGUGUUCGGGGAAGCCCUGAGAGGGAAAGAUUGGCAAUGGAGUAUUUGGAGCGGAGGGAAUGUGAAUAUGAUGAAAAGACUCUCGUAAACUUCUACAAGGAAGUGGAUUCCUUUGAGCCUGCUUUAACAGGAGUCAUAGUAUUCACAUCCACUCCAGACAAAGAAUCAAACAAGUACUACCUGGGGCCUGCUCCAUUGGAAGAAAUGGCCAGCCAAAUUGCAACUGCAUUUGGGCCCUGCGGGAACAAUAGAGACUACCUUUUCCUGUUAGAGAAGGCCAUGUCUGAUAUUGGCCAUGAAGAUGACAUGGUGAUAGAACUUGCAAAUGAGGUGCGGAAGGUUCUUGGAAUCGUAGGGAAAGGAAUUCCAAAGGAGAGGAAGUUGGUCGGGCCAUCCCACAUCCCACUCAAGUCCCAUAUUCCCACUCUUAAAGUCCACCCACUUCCAGAAGCCAUUGCCAUGGACUCUUAACAAGAAGAUGUCAAACUAUAGGAGGAAUUGGAUACGUUGCGGAGCCUGCUAACCCCACCACACCAUUGAUUACUAUCUUGUUUUUUACCUCUUAUUUAAGAUUUUCCCUACUAGAAAUCAGUUUUUCUGUUGUUUUUAGCAGCCUACUUUGACCUUAGACACUUUUUGCCCUUUUACCCUUUUACCCGUGGUUUGGACUUAGAAAGAGUGACUUAAACAAUUUUCAACACGAAAUACAGGAUGUAGAACACGCAGAUGAUGUUAGUUUCAGUUUCAAUUUUCAAACCAAGAGAAAAUCCGUCAUUACCUUGCAGGCCGCCAAUUACUGUUGAAUGGUAACAGAGACCUGUUUUUUUUUUUCUCUCCAUAAAGUUGAUACAAAUGUCCUGCGGAUGGAAUAUAAUGUUUACUUAUAUGCCAACUAUGGUUAUACUCAUGUCUUCGAUUGUUGCAUUUUAA